UUUUUCGCUUUUCCACGUAGUCCUUCCAUAUUGCGACUUUAAGUCACAGGGAAUUAAUAAAUAAAUAUGCAGCUAUUAGAGAUAUUAUUAAUUCAGUGGGAAAUACAUUAAGUAGUUCGAAAAGAAACCAAAAGAGAAAACGAUCAUGUCCCAUUCAAAGUUCGCGUCUACACCACAAACAACAAACUUAGCACGGAUCUCCCGCCUGAUUCUGGGACCCUGUGCUGACGUCAUGAGGGAUGUGCUCCUCAAGGAGGUGCCAGCAGCGGACCUGUCUAAAGCCGUUAAAACUUGGUUAAAGACGCAGAAGAGGAACCCCCUUAAUGUUUUACAAACCGAUUUAAUUUUCCCGCCACCUUCAAAAAUCUACACUGGAGAUUACUCCGAUAUGGAUAUAUCCUUACUUUAUACUCUCCUGCGUAAUGUGACUAACCUACCUGCACACCGUCAAGGUUGGGGUAAUGAUCCUGACCCUACAGACAGAAGUGUAUCGGCAAAUAUGGAGCGUAUCAGGUUCAUCAGAAACAAACACUACGGACAUGCUGUUGAAAUAGGUAUAUCUGAUGCCGAUUUCCAACUUGAGUGUAUGAACAUUCGCAAAAUUGCCGAAGAUCUUGAUAUCUGUUUUGGCGUUUCAAAAUAUCAACAAUCGGUGGAUUUUAUCAAGACCGAAAAAAUGGACCCGCAACAGGAAAUCAAAUGGAUUAAAAAGCUUACAAUAUUAGAGUCACUGGUCUCAGAUGUAGAACAAAACGCCAAAGAAAUACAGAAACUGAAAAAUAAAAAAGAAAACACAGGGUUUGCUAUGAAUAUCAGAGCAAAGAUUGACACAACCGAAGCUGCUUUAGAAGAACAAGAGCUAAAAAUAAGGAAUGUAUUUGUUCAAACGCGUGCGAUUCAGAGAGUAUUAGAACUUCUGGAGACUAAUAGGUUUGUCCUUAUCAAAGGUAACCCGGGAUCCGGGAAAACCACGAUUGCCUUGCACGUCUUAACAGAAUUACAGAAGAAAGGAAUGUUUCCUCUCCAGUUGUUCACCGUUAAAGAACUAUACGGAUCCGUAUCACCAUCUUCAAACGUCGCUUUAUUUUUAGAUAAUUUAUUCGGGGAGUUUUCAGUUUCAAAUGAGGUUGACAACUUUAAAGCCAAGAGACAUUUGAUUAAGGCAAUGUGGAAUAAUGAUAAUUGUCAAGGAAAUGUUUUAAUUAUAACAAUUAGAAAUGAUAUUUACAAAGAAGCAGUAGAAAGAAUAAAUGAAGAAUUAUUUUUAAGCGAUUCUUCAGUUGACUUAUCUAAUGGGAAUUUUCAAAUGCAAAGUUCAGAAAUAGUAGAAAUGUUUACAACGUACGGUCUUGAUAAAAUGAUAACAUCAGAUACAAUGCCGGAUGUUAUUAAACUUGGAAAUUCACUUGGAAUCCCCCAAUGUUGCAGCCUUUUGCAAAAUAAUCCAAUAUUUUCCGAAGACCCUCAAGCUUUCCUAAAGGAUCCUAUUCUUAGCUUGGAAAAUUAUAUAAAACAAAGGUUAGAUCGAAAAGAAAGCAAAAUGUCAGUUUUAAUCUAUAUUCUUCUCUGUGGAGGGAGUGUGGAAGAAAGCGUGCUGAAAACACCAUCAGACAGACCGCGGAAAGAAGAAGCACUAAAAAUGAUAGGAGCCACAGAGUCAACUUUAUUGAAGUUUCAAAGUUCUGUCUCUCAUUACGAAGAUUUUUUGAUGGCUUAUGACAAUAUUGAAAGAAAAUAUAAAUUUAGUCAUAGCUCAGUACAGGAGAGUUUAUUUAAAUGUCUUGUCAAUUAUUACCCACAAGAAAUUAUCAAGAGUUGUGAUUUUACCCUUCUAGAAAGGUUAACGACUUGCAAGAAAUUGUCGUGGAAUUCUGUAGUAAUUGUCGAAGAUAUUUUUCAAAACUUAAUUAACCGAUUGCUAGAAGUCCUGCAGGGAAGAUCAGUUACAGCAUUUCAAACAAUUUCCCGUUUUCACAUAUGGAAAGACGAGAAGUUUGUUUGUAAAUGCAAAAAUAAUCAAAGUGUGUUGAUUGGGCUAAAAGAAAAUACUGAUAGUCAUGGGCAAACAAUGAUAGUUCAUUUCUGUGUAUCUGGUAACUUUAGUUGGUUUAAAUAUCUAUUGUCUUCAGCUUCAGAAGAACAAAGAUAUUUGUCCUUAAAUGAAGCAUGUGCACACAACCAGAGGGAAAUAGUUGACUUGCUAUUAUCAACUAAUGUUAGGUUUAAUUUAAAAACUUGUUUUUACGCUGUGCAAAGUGGAAAUUUAGAUUUGCUUUAUCGCUUCACUGAUAAUGUAGACCUUACAGAAAGAACUUUAUCAAAUCAUUUUCGCUGGAAUUUUAUAGAAUGCGGUCUUCUACACGAGAUUUGUUUUUUCGGGCAGAAUCACCUCAUUAAACCAGUUCUAGCACGCUACCCACAACUAAUUGAUGUUCGGAACAAUCAAGGUGGAAGCGCUCUACAUUUUGUUGCGUAUGCAGGAGACGAAACAAUCUUUAAAGAAUUAGUUCAGAGUGGUUGUGAGCCGUAUAGAAUAAAUUAUACUGGUUCAACUGUUCUUAGCUAUGCUUGUCAAAAUGGUAAACUAAACAUGGUCAGGUAUAUCUGUGAUAAGUAUCCAGAUUUACUUUCUCCAGAUUAUGAUAACAAAAGAGGUAUGAGUCCAUUACACUGGGCAGCUCAAUCAGGAAACAUAGAAUUGUAUGAAUACUUGAUAGAAAAAGGUGUAAAGCAAAUAUUUCCUGACGAUCAAAGUACACCAUUACAUGAAGCUUAUAAGUUUGGAAGACUAAACAUGUGUAAGUACUUGGUCAAUACUUAUCCUCAUUUACUAGACAUCAAAGACAAUAAUGGAGAAAAUGCCUUACAUGCUGCAGCCUGGGGAGGUAACAUUGAUUUACUCAAAUUUCUGUUGGAGAAAGGUUUUGAUGUCAAAACCAAAAGAAAUGAUGGGAAAACUGUGCUUCACCUAUGCUGUAUGAACGGAAAACUAGAGAUGUGUAAGUACUUGGUCAAUACUUAUCCUCAUUUACUAGAUUUCAAAGACGAUAAUGGAGAGAAUGCCUUACAUGCUGCAGCCUGGGGAGGUAACAUUGAUUUACUCACAUUUCUGUUGGAAAAAGGUUUUGAUGUCAAAACCAAGAAAAAUGAUGGGAAAACUGUGCUUCACCUAUGCUGUAUGAACGGAAAACUAGAGAUGUGUAAGUACUUGGUCAAUACUUAUCCUCAUUUACUAGAUUUCAAAGACAAUAAUGGAGAGAAUGUCUUACAUGAUGCAGCGUGGGGAGGUAACAUUGAUUUACUCAAUUUUCUGUUGGAGAAAGGUUUUGAUGUCAAAACCAGAGGAAAUGAUGGGGGUACUGUGCUUCACCUAUGCUGUAUAAACGGAAAACUAGAGAUGUGUAAGUACUUGGUCAAUACUUAUCCUCAUAUACUCAAUCUCAAAGACAUUAAUGGAGGAAAUGCCUUACAUGCUGCAGCCUGGGGAGGUAACAUUGAUUUACUCAAUUUUCUGUUGGAGAAAGGCUCCGAUAUUGAGUCCAAAAGAAAUGAUGGAGAAACAGUGCUUCACCUAUGCUGUAUGAACGGAAAACUAGAGAUGUGUAAGUACUUGGUCAAUACUUAUCCUGACUUACUGGAUGUCAAAGACAAUUAUGGAGAAAAUGUCUUACAUGAUGCAGCCUUUAGAGGUAACAUUGAAUUAUUCAAAUUUCUGUUGGAAAAAGGUUUUGAUGUCAAAACAAAAAGAAUUGAUGGGAAAACUGUGCUUCACCUAUGCUGUAUGAACGGAAAACUAGAGAUGUGUAAGUACUUGGUCAAUACUUAUCCUCAUUUACUUGAUGUCAAAGACAAUAAUGGAGGAAAUGCCUUACAUGAUGCAGCGUGGGAAGGUAACAUUGAUUUACUAAAUUUUCUGUUGGGGAAAGGUUUUGAUGUCAAUACCAAAAACAAUUACGGGAAAACUGUGCUUCAUCUAUGCUGUAUGAAUGGAAAACUUGAGAUGUGUAAGUACUUGGUCAAUACGUAUCCCAAUUUACUAGAUGUCAAUGACAAUGAUGGAGAAAAUGCCUUACAUGGUGCAGCCUUCGGGGGUAACAUUGAUUUACUCAAUUUUCUGUUGGGGAAAGGUUUUGAUGUCAAAACCGAAAGAAAUGAUGGGAAAACUGUGCUUCAAUUAUGCUGUAAGAGCGGCAAACUAGAGAUGUGUAAGUACUUGAUCAAUACUUAUCCUCAUUUACUUGAUGUCAAAGACAAUAUUGGAGGAAAUGCCUUACAUGAUGCAGUCUGGUGGGGUAACAUUGAUUUACUCAAUUUUCUGUUGGGGAAAGGUUUUGAUGUCAAUACCAAAAUCAAUGACGGGAAAACUGUGCUUCACUUAUGCUGUAUGAACGGAGAACUAGAGAUGUGUAAGUACUUGGUCAAUACUUAUCCUCAUUUACUAGAUGUCAAAGACAAUGAUGGAGGGAACGCCUUACAUUAUGCAGCCUUGGGAGGUAACAUUGAUUUAUUCAAAUUUCUGUUGGAGAAAAGUUUUGAUGUCAAAACCAAAAGAAAUGAUGGGAGUACUCUGCUUCACCUAUGCUGUAUGAACGGAAAACUAGAAAUGUGUAAGUAUUUAGUCAAUACUUAUCCUCAUUUACUAGAUGUCAAAGACAAUGAUGGAGAGAAUGCCUUACAUUUUGCUGCCUGGAGAGGUAACAUUGAUUUAUUCAAAUUUCUGUUGGAGAAAGGCUGCGAUAUUGAGACCAAAUCAAAUGAUGGGGAUACUGUGCUUCACCAAUGCUGUAUGAACGGAAAACUAGAGAUGUGUGAGUACUUGGUCAAUAAUUAUCCUCAUUUACUUGAGGUCAAAGACAAUAAUGGAGGAAAUGCCUUACAUGAUGCAGCGUGGGGAGGUAACAUUAAUUUAUUCAAAUUUCUGUAUGAGAAGGGUUUUGAUGUCAAAACCAAAAGAAAUGAUGGGGGUACAGUACUUCACGUAUGCUGUAUGAACGGAGAACUAGAGAUGUGUAAGUACCUGGUCAAUACUUAUCCUGAUUUACUUAAUGUCAAAGACAAUAAUGGAGGAAAUGCCUUACAUGCUGCAGCCUAUGGGAGUAACAUUGAUUUAUUCAAAUUUCUGUUGGAAAAAAGAUUCGAUAUCAAAACCAAAAGAAAUGAUGGGAAAACUGUGCUUCAUCUAUGCUGUUUAAACGGAAAACUAGACAUGUGUAAAUAUUUGGUCAAUACUUAUCCUCAUUUACUAAAUAUCAAAGACAAUUAUGGUGAAAAUGCCUUACAUGCUGCAGCCCGGGGAGAUAACAUUGAUUUAGUCACCUUUCUCUCUGAGAAAGGCUUAAAAAUGAGAGGAAGGGUUAGUAAUUAG